UACCUUCAGAAAUUAAUGGCCAUGAGUUCGUACAUGGUGAACUCUAAGUAUGUGGAUCCGAAAUUUCCUCCCUGCGAGGAAUAUUCACAAAAUAACUAUAUACCUGAGCAGGGCUCGGACUACUACAGUCCAUCGCAGGACACAGACUUUCAGCAUCCAAGGAUCUACCCACGGUCAAACUACACGGAGCAGCCCUUCAGCUGCAACACUGUGCAGGACUCCACAGUGCAGCCACGGGGUCAUGUGCACGAGAGAUCCGGCCACCCGAGCCCUUUUAGCGCACAGACUGAGCAGGGGGCCCCGGUCCAAGUGGCCGGACCCCGGACUUGUGGACAGCAGCAAAACACAAAGAGCCAAAACGGGAUACAAGCCAAGCAGCCUGCAGUAGUUUACCCCUGGAUGAAGAAAGUCCACGUAACUACAGUGAACCCUGAUUACACGGGAUCUGAGCCCAAACGGUCCAGAACAGCUUACACCCGCCAGCAGGUUCUGGAGCUUGAAAAGGAGUUUCAUUUUAACAGGUAUCUGACCAGGCGGCGGCGAAUCGAGAUCGCCCACAGUCUCUGUCUCUCCGAGAGGCAGAUCAAAAUCUGGUUUCAAAACAGACGGAUGAAAUGGAAGAAAGAUCACAAACUGCCCAACACCAAGGGCAGAUCUGCACCAGCCUCCAGCCAUCUGCAAAGCAUUCAGAAGGACAACCAGACUGAUAUCACAGCAUUAUAA